CCAUAAGCCGAACCAGAGAGAGAGAGAAAGCUGAGAGCGGAAUGCAGAAGAGAGACCAGGGCAAGUCGGCUGGAGCGGUUGGCGGGGCCACCGCUCCCACGCCGAAGAGAGGCCGCCCAUUCGGCAGCAGCAACAGUAACUCCGCCGCAGCCGCCGCAGCCGAAACAACGGCUCCGUCGAACCUCCUCGGCCCGUCUCUCCACGUUCACAGCUCCUUCGCUGAUCAAAACAAUAAAAGGAUCGUUCUAGCUCUUCAAAGUGGAUUAAAGAGUGAGCUGACCUGGGCAUUAAACACUCUCACAUUGCUCUCCUUCAAGGAAAAGGAUGACAUGCGCAAAGAUGCAACCCCUCUUGCAAAAAUACCUGGUUUGCUGGAUGCCCUUCUCCAAGUUAUUGAUGACUGGCGUGAUAUAGCGCUUCCAAAAGAACACACAAGUGCACCGAGGGUGAGAACACUAGGUGUGAAUUCCCUUGUAACAGGAUUUGGGAAUGAGUUUCAGGCAUUGGGCUCAAAUGGCGCUCACCUGCAUCCUGGUCUAGGAUCUGGUUCUUCUGUUACAGAAGCACUGGUGCAGAAUAAUGUGUCCAAAUAUCGUCCUUCAAGUUGGUGGUUUGAUGAAGAUGGUCUCUUUAAUCUAGAUGAAGAAGGGCGAGCAGAAAAACAGCAGUGUGCUGUUGCUGCUUCAAAUAUCAUCCGAAACUUCUCUUUCAUGCCAGAAAAUGAAAUUAUUAUGGCCCAGCAUCGGCAUUGUUUUGAAACGGUGUUCCAGUGCAUAGAAGAUCACAUCACAGAGGAUGAGGAACUUGUCACAAAUGCCCUUGAGACAAUUGUAAAUUUGGCUCCAUUGCUUGAUCUUCGAAUAUUUAGCUCAUCGAAGCCAUCCUACAUCAAAAUAACAGAGAAACGUGCGGUUCAAGCCAUCAUGGGAGUGCUAGGAUCUGCUGUCAGAGCAUGGCAUUGUGCGGCUGCUGAAUUGCUUGGACGUUUGAUAAUAAAUCCUGAUAACGAGCCUUUCCUUCUUCCCUUUGUUCCACAGAUACACAGGCGUUUAGUUGAUCUUAUGAGCUUACCAGCCCUAGAUGCACAAGCAGCUGCUGUUGGUGCACUCUAUAACCUUGCAGAAGUUAAUAUGGACUGCAGAUUGAAGCUUGCCAGCGAGCGAUGGGCAAUUGAUCGCCUGCUGAAAGUGAUCAAGGCACCACAUCCUGUUCCAGAAAUUUGCAGGAAGGCUGCAAUGAUACUGGAGAGCCUCGUCUCUGAACCACAGAACAGGACUUUGCUGCUAGCUUAUGAGAAUGCCUUCGCAGAGAUACUUUUCUCAGAUGGCAGAUAUUCUGAUACAUUUGCGAGGAUAUUAUAUGAACUGACAUCUAGACCAAACAGCAAAGUGGCAGCAGCUCGCGGUGUUUGGGGCAUGUAACUGGAAACCAGACAUCUUUUGGUCUUUUGCCUCUGGUUUCCGAGAAUAUUGGAUUCAUGUUGAGCUAGUCACAAACACCUGGGAUCACUGUAUAUAUCUGCUGACGUGAGCAUCAACGUUUGUAAUCUUUUUCAGCAUCACAGGCCGUAUUCCUGUGCAUUUGUAAUUCGUUUUGGUUGUAAUUUUAAUGUAAAUGGAAGACCAUGUAUCUGCUUUUUAGUACUUCCUUGGUUGCUACUGUAAUUUUAAUGAAGUAAGGGCUUGGAGAUGCUAUUUCAA